UUAAAGAAAGAAGAGAGAGGAGACGAGGAGGUAAAAGAACAGCAGGUGGAGGACGAGUUAAAGAAAGAAGAGAGAGGAGAUGAGGAGAUUUUACAUGAAAACAAACAACAUGGUCAACUGCAUCCAAGUGAGGCACAAGAGAGCGACCUCUCUGAUGACAACGUGCUUCAUACUGAGUCUGAAGACAGUGAAACGAGCAGACAUGAGAAUAAACCAGAGCAACUACACUCCAGUCAUUACACAGACGUUAACCUUGAUUCACAGGUGAACCAGGCUGUGAUAUCUGAACACACUGUUCCACAUGUGUCCAAAGAUCCUACUGGAUCUUCACUCUCUGACCACGGCAACACGAGAGCAGCAGAGACUGAGGGUGGAGGUGCGUUUGGUCUUUUCAAAAACGUCUUUGGCUUCUACUCGCAAACACCAAGGGACUCGGUUGAUUCUGGUCUGGGUUUGGAGGAGACAUCUCAGCCACAACAAGCCUCUCUGAUCUCUGAACGAGAAAUGGAUUCCAGCGCUGAUUUGGAUCAGGACUCUCCUGUCAUCAUGUCCACAGAGGAGUUGCAGGAUUCUUCUUCCUCUGCUGAUGUCCAGACAUCAACUCUGUCCCAUUCUCAUUCUCCAUCUCAGCACACGGAGCAAACAAAAUCCCUCCCCAACGCCUACAAAUUCCUUCUUGCCUACAUGAGUGUGGAUGAAGCCAGAACUCUGGUGGAGCUCUUUGGGCCGUACAAGCUACCGUUUUUGGAUUUCAUGUUAGGAAGCUCAGAGAUCGUGACUGAGGAUGAAUCUAUAUUAUCAGACAUAGAAAGACAUCUGCAGUAUCACAGGGAGACUCUGUCCACUCCUGCCACGAGGUUAGAAGACAAAGAAAAGACUCGGACGCUUGUUGCCCUUCAGAAACUAGAAAUGCUGAUCACACGAGUGAGAGCGACGUCCAGCACAAGAAACUCCGACACCAGAGGAAAUGAUCAAGCUGAUGUGAGCUGUGUCAGUGGCUCCUGCUCGACUCACAGCAAAGAUGGAGAAAUGAGCACUGAGCAACACACAGUUAAGACAGGAGAUCCUUCUGUAGCCCAGAAUAACAACAUCCCAACAGAGGAGAGGACAGUCGAGGAGAAUGACGGGCAAAGACGCAGAAGAGAGAGGGAAAAUGCCAAAAGUGACAAAAGACAAGAGUCUGAUGGAGGAUGUGAGGAGGAGAGUGUGUCCCUUGCAGGCCGUCCUCACGAUCAGUCAGGAUCACUGCAGCCACUGGAAGGUGCACUGAGGGGCAUUUUGGACACAGUUUAUCACAUUGCUGAAGAAUCAGUCGCUCAUGUUCGCACAGUGAAGGAGCUCCUCAUAUGGACUGCACAGGUUGUCUCGUCACUGCCUGAUGACAUCAGACCCGGGCCAGACCUGUACGGGGUUCCCUGGGAACCGGUCAUAAUCUCCUGUGUGGUGGGGCUGGUGACGGUGCUGUUGUUCACCUGUAGAUGUUAUAGCUCUGUCAAAAGCAGAAUGUAUCGAAGUAAAGAGCGGUGGAUGGCUGCACAGGUUGCACAGUUACUAGAUGAGAAAUGUAAAGUCCUUGAAUCUCUGAGCAAAUGUCAGCAAGAGUAUGAUGAAGUGGAGGAGUCACUGAGGGACAGUGGCGUCUUGGCCCAAACUCAAAAGACAGAACAUCUGGAGAUGACGGCCAGAGAGUUGGACCGUUCUAAAAUAGAGCUAGAGAGGGAUCUUGAACAACUGAAGGUUCAACUCGACCAGCAGAAAGAACACAGGAUAGAGCAAGAAAGAAGGGUACUAGUUCUUGAAGAGAGCAUGACAACACAUGAAGAAGAAAUUAAAGUCCUCCACUCACAGGAAGAGCAGGGACAAACUACUCUGAAAGUGUACAGCAUGAACAGUGACCGACUGCACAAGAGCCUGGACACAGCAGGAGAGGAGAAUAGACUGCUUCAGGAGAGCAAUGCUCAGCUGAGACAGCAAGUGGAGGGAUGGGCAGAAAGAGUGAGUGAGGUGGAGGACGAGAUGCGGAGAUGUGAGGUCACCUACAGUGGGAUGCAGCAGGAUGUGGCCAGAAAGGAUGAGCGUAUAAUGUCUUUGACAGAUUGCCUGCUGAGGAUGAAAGCUUUGGAUUCAGAUCUCGAGGAAGAGGGAAGUGAGGAAGGAGCAGCAACGCAGACGUCACCAGGAAAAGAAGCGGAGAAUGGAAGAGGGAAUGUAACAGACUCACAGAGUCAUUUCCAGAAAGCCCAGACACUCAUUUAUGCUGCUAAGCUGAAUGCGGACCUCAAAUCCGUAGAUGAAGACAAGGACAGAGUUUUUGCCAAACUGAAUGAUGAAAUCAAAGCUAAAGAAGACCUGCAAGUGAGCAUUAAGGAGCUGGAGGAUGAGAAAUUGUCUCUGCAGUCAGAUUCUGGGAACUACUCUGAUCAGGUUCAGCGUUUACAACAGAAACUCAACAUUAUGACAGAAAUGUACCAGGAGAACGAGCUCAAGCUGCACAGACUGCUGACAGUGGAGGAGAAGGAGCGCCUGCAGAAGGAAGAGAAAUUAUAUAAAGCUGAUAAAAACAUUGCACUGGCAAUGGAAGAACUCAACAACUACAGACAACGAGCUGGAGAGAUGGAGGAAGAGCUGGACAAAACCAAACAGUCCUACCAGACCCAAAUAUCAGCACAUGAGAAGAAGGCUCACAAUAACUGGCUCGCAGCACGAGCAGCAGAAAGAGAACUGUCAGACAUCAGGAGAGAGAACGCUCUCCUCAGACAGAAGCUCACGGACACGCAGUUCAAAUUAGACACCCUCGACAAAGAUCCAUACGCGUUGGACACUCUUGCAAGACCGAUGCCUUUCAGAGGUGAAAGGUCACCGUAUGGUCCUUCUCCUCUGGGUCGACCGGCUUCUGAAACCAGACCUUUUCUGUCUCCUCCCACGCUAAUGGAUGGACCUCCUGCGAGAUUGUCUCCUAGAGGCUACAUAUUUCCAGAACCUGGAGCUCCUGUGUACAGAAGACCUCCACCUGGUUCUCUCCCUCCUGGCCCCCCCCCUCCCCAUCUUAGGGCGUUCCCACCAGGAGCUCCUCACCCCGCUGACAUGGCAGACGGUUCAUACAGAGAAAACAGCUUUGGACCUGGUGAACAGGAUCAGUCUGGUUCCGGUGAGAGAAGAACUCCUCCUGAUGCAGAUCUGAGGAUGGGGCCCUUUCCCCCACCUGGACCCCCACUGGGCCCCAUGGACGGUCCCUUCCCCGGCAGACCUCCGUAUGGACCCCCUCCUCCUGAUUUCUACCCGUCCAGGGGCCCGGGGGUUCCUCCCAUGAUGCCUAGAUGGGCACCUCCACCUCCCGGGAUGAUGUUGCCUCCUCGCUUCCCUCCUGGUGGCCUUCCUCCAGCUCCUCAUCCUCACUAUGCCGGCCCCAUGCGCAGCUUUGCACCUCCCUCCAUGGCUCCUCUUCGUCCUCUUCCUCCUCAGCAGUCUCUCCCCUCCCCACCACAGAGCCAGACACCUGAAGAGCACAGACCCUCACCUGAAGACGCCAUUUGAUCCUGAGCAGGUUUUUACUUUUACACGGCUGUGAGAUGGUACAUUUCUGAUUUAAAAUAUUAGAUGUUCUGGUGGCAGAUGGAUGGUAGGCAGGUGGCAGGUGGCAGUUUCCUGCUCAUAUUUAACAUAUUUAUUAAAUCAUGUUGACAGACUGGAAACUGGAGUCUUUACAAGCCUGUUUUGUGGAGUCUGUCUCCUUCUCUCCUCUUUCCCUGUAAGGGAACAAGGCUUUCCCUCAGUCGUGUGUGUGUUUGUGAGAAUGUUGCCACGUGAACCAGAAAUAGUCUCAUUUUUGAGCUUAACAAUGCCAGAAAGGUUUAUUUUUUAUUGUUGCUUAGGUAGAAAUGUAUGCAUGAUGAAAUGAUGCAUGAGUGUUUAAUGUAUGGAAUCAGACAUUUCGUCCCAGUGGCACAGAGAGAGGAAUCUAAAUGAUCCUUAAGCUAUCAGGGAGGAUUGACCUCUUUGAGGGCCUGUUGUUACUGUACCAGUACUAUUGCAAUGGUCGCCAUAAUAGUAAAAAUGUAUCCCUUUAGCAUCGGUGUUGUUGACCUGGAUUCAGCGACACUUAAAUCAGAUCACACUGGGUCCUAUUUCAUUUUUUUUUUUGACUAAACUGUGUUGAUCUGAAACUCUCUUCAACUUCCCCCACAGGUCAAAUAUAAUUAAAGUGCGUGAGUGAAUUUUGCAGCAGAUGGAAGUGUGUACUUUUGACUUUUCGUGUUACAGUGACAUACAAAAGACUCUAAGUAAAAAUGUGACGCGCGUUAACAGUCGCUCAAAGAGAGAUAAUCAUCAUGUGAAUUUUGUAAAAAGUGAUUAUGAAUAAAGAUUGUAGAAUUGUCAA